AUGCGUCGCACUGACGGGGUCGCCAACUACGACCCAGACCUCCUCCCCUUACCGCCGAACCCGCUGGAAGGCGUGCUCCCCGUUGUGCCCUCCGAGCGCGACAUACCCGAUAAGCAGCCGCGAACGAAUGCGACGACCGCCGCCUCGGCCGCCUCGGUGCGCGCCAUCACGAGCCAAGCCAUCGCCUUUUACUUUCGCGCCCCGGCCAAGUCCUUUUUCCGUACGCGCGUCGACUACCUCGCCUACGCCCGCAGCGUCCACCAGACCCGCACCGAGCUGCUCCUCGCCUCCCGACUCGCGAGCGGCGGCGCGGCGGCUGCGGCCGCGGCCGCGGCCUCGUCGGCCACGUGGAGCGGCAAGGUCCGGGGCUGGCUGGGCGCCACGACGCCGGGCGUGCUCACCUCGGCGGUGAAGCACCACGGGUGGGGCGUGAUCCCCGAACAGGUCCUACCGCCCCUCGUGGCCAACGUGGGCGUCGCCGCCGUGCUGUACACGAGCUACCUGCAGAUCCUGGGCGCGCUGCACGAGGAGAGCGCCAAGAGCAGCAAGCGGGUCGUCGUCGCGGCCCCGCUCGACGCCAUCCAGGCCCGCUACGACCACCGGGACCUCCUCGCCUCGGGAAAGGACGGCGGCAAGCCCGCGAGCAUGUGGGCGUUCAGCGCGGCUAAGCUCCGCGAGAUUGGCGCCCGGGGCAUCUUUGCCGGGUGGGGGCUCACGUUCGUCAAGGACAGCUUCGGGUCCGCCGUCUUCUUUAGCGCGUUCGAGUACGUCAAGGCGCAGAGCUACUACAAGUUUGUGCGCUGGUACUACGAGGGCCUCGACGAGGACAUCAUCGAUACCCUUGCCCGUAAGCGGCCCCACGACGGCGACGGCGGCGGCGGCGGCCUGCGCAUCAUCAGGCCCCACUACGCCAUCGAGCCCCUCUUCCUGCUGCUCGCCGGCGUCGGCGCCUCCUUUGCCCAGCAAAUCGUCCUUCACCCGCUCAACCACAUCCAGAUCGAGCACUGGAACCACCUGGAGGACAUUGACGAGAAGGCGCAGCGGCUCCGCGGCCAGCCCAGGACGGGUUCCUUGCUGAGCAGGCUGCGCUCCCGCAUGUUUCGCAGCUACUACCGCGCGUACCAGGAGACGUGGGCGCAGUGCCGCGCCGAGGCCGCGGCCGAGGGGAGCAAGAGCGUUGGGCGCUGGCUGUACCGCGGGUUCUGGUGGAACACGAUCCGUCAGGUCCCUAGCACUAGCGCGGGGCUCAUCAUCUUUGAGCUGGUGAGGAAGAAAUAUGGCUUGACGAGGGAAGAGGUCAGGAUCACCAAAGACGGUUAUGAUAUUCUUCUUCCGUAG